AUGGCCACGACCUUUGACAUCUCGCCCGAGUGGAGGGCAAGUCAACUUCAUUUCUACUACCGCCAGCUCUUCAUCACACCCCCAAUGGUUUCACGUCGCGAUGCAGACUUAAGUGGGAAGACGGCCAUAGUCACAGGUUCCAACACCGGGCUAGGACUAGAAAUAGCACGUCAGCUUCUCGAUCUGGGCUGCAAAGUCAUCCUUGCGGUACGCGAUGAAGCCAAGGGCGAAAGGGCCCUCCAGGAGCUCAGUAAUGGUCGUGAUCUUCCAUCAGAUUUUGUGGAAGUCUGGAAACUCGACAUGCUAUCCUACGAAUCCAUCAUGACCUUUGCAAAGCGCGUCGAAAGCUUGCAGCAUCUCGAUAUCGCCAUUCUCAACGCCGGGGUACAGAAAGCAGAGGAAUCAUUCUUGGCAACCGGUUUUGAGGAAGGCUUUCAAGUAAACUUCCUGUCCACUAUGCUCCUGGCAAUAUUGUUGCUGCCCAUCAUCAAGGGGAAGACAAGCGGAAGCAGUCCUGGCCAGAUUUGCAUUCUAUCAUCCGACAUGGCCGCGUGGUCCAGGUUUCAAGAGAGAAAUACAACUCCUCUUCUAUCAGCGUUUAAACAAAAGAUGCCUAAAUGGGAUUUGAUGGAUCGCUAUUGCACAACAAAGCUUCUCGGACAGCUGUUUCUGUCUGAGCUCUCUAAGCAUGUGUCUCCGUCCGAUGUCACCGUCUCUUGCGCGAAUCCGGGACUCUGCGGCGACUCACAAAUUUCACGGGAGUUUCAGGGCACACUCCACUUCGCUUUCAACAUCUAUUCCUUCUUAUUCAGUCGGACAUGUUCUGUUGGAGCUCGCACAAUUGUGAACACAGUUACCACCCUUGGUGACCAGGCCCAUGGACAGUACAGCGAAGAUGCCAAAGUUCAGCCAAUGUCGCCUCUCGUAUAUAAGAGUGAAGGCUUGCGUCUUUCGAAACAGCUUUACGAGGAAACUCUUGAUGAGCUCUCGUUCGCGGGUGUAAGGGAUAUUAUCAAUGACCUGUAA